AUGGAGGCUGAGGCUAGCUAUGACUUUGUUGCCAACGCCGAAGAUGAACUUGGAUUUAAAAAAGGAAGUCUUUUAAAGAUACUCUGUGUGGAAGACGAUCCUAACUGGUACCUAGCUGAACAGGAAGGCCGAACAGGUUUAAUACCAUGCAAUUACAUUACAAUGCGUCCUCACCCUUGGUACAUCCGACACUGUAGUCGUAUGGAAGCCGAAGAAAGACUUCAAGAAAUUGAUCAAGAAACAGCACAACAUUUGCAACCUGAUGGAGCUUUUAUAUUGCGUCAAAGUGAAGCAGACGGGAAAGGAUUUAGUUUGUCUGUCAAACAAGGUUGUGAAGUACUUCAUUUUAAAGUACUUCAGGAUGAAGCUGGAAAAUAUUUCUUCUGGUUAUCCAAAUUUGAUUCCAUUAAUCAAUUAAUUGAUCAUCACCGAAAGACAAGUAUAUCACGUAAUCGUUUAUUGACUUUGGUUGACCUUGUUCCAUCUAAGCGUUUCCCUACUAAUGUACGAAAAUAUCAACUUGAUCGAGUUAUAGCCCGAUUUGAUUUUGAGACUAAAGGUGCUGGUGAAUUAUCUUUACAUCGUGGUGAUGUUAUUGAAGUGAUUAGUCGUAAUGAUGAAAAUUGGUGGCGUGGUCGUACAUCCGAUGGACGAUGUGGUCUAUUUCCAUCAAAUUUUGUUGAUGAUUUACCUUCAGUUAUAUAAAUAAAUUUUACAGAAAAAAAUAUUGCUUUAGAAACUAUUAAGUUACUAAUCAAUCAAUUAAUCAUUCACAAAUGUUGCCUCGUUAACUCUUCUUUUAUACUUCAAAAUCUUUCAGUGUAUGUGUAUGUGUGCAUAAGCAUCCCUACUUUCUGUAAACAUGUACAUGUAGCUCUCUCUCUCUUUCUGUCUGUUUAUCUUAUUGAACAAGGAUUGUACUUCGUCCAGCUUUGUAUUCAUAUACUCUGUUUUCCAAUAGCUAUAAAAGAGAAUAGAUCAACUAUACUUGCAUAUAAUUUACAUAAUAGAGUAUAAUAAACCUCUUUGUUUGUAUGUUUGUUUUAUAUACCAUUCUUUGUUCAAUCUCUUUGUUUGUUUGUUCUUUUUAUAUCGACUUAUCUUCUUAAAAUCUAACCGAAUAUAUAAAAAGAACAAAUCAAGUGAAUGUUCACCAUUUAAAAAAAGUGUUAUUAGCAUAUUAAGUACUAUUAUAAUAACAUUGAAUGUUAUCUAUUAGUUGUUUAGGCUUUUUUUAUUUACUUGUCUUGAUUUAUUAUUAUUGCAUACUAAAUUCAAAUAAUUACGUAAUCGGUGAACAAUUUCAUAUCUUCUUAAUUGAAUGUAUAAAUUCUCUUAUUGAUGCUAAUAUUUCUGCCUUAAUGUUGAAUAGUAACCUCUUAGUCAAUACAACAUAGUUUCCUUUAAGUAAAUCCAACUAAUAGGGAUAAAUGCCGUCUGUAAAACUUGUCGUCAAUCUUAUUACGACUAUUACUAUUUCUUUGUAUUACGUUAUUUGUUGUUUCUCUCUUUCAGCCUUUGUUAUUUUUUUUACUCAUAAUACAUUAUUAUUAUUGUUAUUAUUAUAGAUAUGCCUAACUGUGCAAUAAACCUUAACCAAUUAUUAUGCAUGUGCGCACCAUUCAUUAUCAUCAUCAUUACACUUGCUGCUAUUCCUGCUUAUUUUGUGUUUUCUCUUCUUUUUUUCUUUCUUUCACUAGUGUAUAUCUUCAGUGUCCUGAUAUUUUAUUUUGUUCAUUUUGUUGUUGUUGCCAUUGUAUGGAGGGGGGAUAACUGUUACCACUCAUAUCUUUUUCCCCCAUGUACACUGAUCAGUUUAUAUGGUUUGAUACUGAUUUUUUUUUAAAAAAAAAACAUUUUCCGUUUUAUCAUGUUCUGUUUCGUUUCUUGUGUUCAUUCCGUUUAUGCAUUCAUAUACGAGAGAGUGGAACAGACAACUAUGUGAAUAAUCACAUUAUCAUAUUAUAAUAAUUUACAUUCUGAUAUUACUAAUGUCUCUUUCUUAAAUGUUCAAGACUUUUUUAUAGUAAUGACUUGUGUUCAUUAGCAUUUCAUUUCUUAGUUUACUUCCAUUUGCUGACUAUAGCUGUUAUCUUUUAUCAAUUAUUGAACUUGUCAAUUUUAAUCGUUUUGUUUGAUUUAUAUUAGUUUAAAUACUUCUACCUUGAAAUCAUAAUACCCUUGGUCAAGUUCUUUAAAGAAUGAUCUAAUCAAAUAAGCAAAAAAAGAUAAAUCCUAAAUUC